AUAUAGUGGGAGCUCGAAUGCAUUUGCAAUAAAAUGCAGCUGAUUGAAUAAUGAAAAAUGUUUUCGACUUUACGGAUCUCUGCGCUGCACAGACCGAUCGGCGUAUGACAUCACCUAGCGUCUUGGAAGUUGCGUGCGUUGACCAAUCACAGACGCUCAAGGAGCUACAGCUGACAACGAAAACAAAGAAAUGCAUGUUCUCUCUCACUUGCCACUCAUUGUCAUGACCGAAAAUGAAACAUUGACUGUAUGUUUAUUCAGUUCACACACUGAACGCCAAAAGCUAAACUUCACUGGACGUUUUGUAACAGAUCUUUAGAGACAUUUAACCCACCCUUGGAGAAGAGUUUGUGACUGGACUUCACAGACUCAAACUGAAGAAGACUUCUAAACUAAUCGAAAGACAUCAAUAAUCUCUGUAGAUGGCAGUUCGUCUCUCCACCUUCUAACUAGUGGAGCUUUCCUUUACUAUGCUCAACCUCAUCAAGCUACCUCAAGUGUUCACCAUUAACCAAGUUCCUAAGGUCUUUCAUGAAGAUGGCAUCAUGUCAGGUUAUCGCCACCCAUGCAGCUCCGCCAAAGACUGUGUACUUAGUCUUUUCCAGCUAACAAAUGAAACCCUUAAUAUUUGGACUCAUUUUCUGCCUACGUGGUUUUUCUUAUGGAAACUGCUGACAGUGGUGUUGAUUCAGGGUGAUUGGCAAGAUCCUUUCACCUGGCCCCUGCUGGUGUUCCUAGUGUCAUGUUGUGUGUACCCACUCGCUUCCAGCUGUGCUCACACCUUUAGCAUCAUGUCAGAACAGGCCAGACACAUCUGCUUCUUCUUUGAUUAUGGAGCACUCAGCUUUUACAGCCUUGGUUCUGCCAUUACUUACUCAUUUUACACAUUUCCGGAUAAAUGGGUUAACAGCACCUUCCACAAGUACUAUGUUCCUAUAGCUGUUGUCAACUCCACUAUCUCCACGACAAUGGCCUGCUAUUCAAGGUUUUCUGAGAAAUUAGACAAGAGAAUAUGCAAAUGUCUGCGGGUAAUGGCCUUUGUCUAUCCAUAUCUCUUUGACAAUAUUCCUCUAUUUUAUAGAAUUUUUGUGUGCGUUGGUGAGGGUUGCACAGUAAAUGAGGCCAGUGCGGUUCAUUACCAGCACACAACGCUGACUCUUCUCACUGGCUUUCUUUUUGCCACACAUCUGCCUGAACGCUUGGCUCCCGGCAGUUUUGACUACAUAGGUCACAGUCAUCAACUCUUCCAUGUAUUUGCUAUUAUUGCCACAUAUUUCCAGAUGACUGCCAUUGAACUGGACAUGGCUGCACGGAGGCAGUGGCUUCAUGCUCAUUUGCCACCAAUCACCUUUUUAAACACUGCAGGAGCAGCAUUCCUUUGUGUGGCCAGCAGUCUUUGUAUUAUUUAUUUCUUCAGCAUGGCACUAUUCUCCAACAGAAGGAUGAAGGAACGAAAGAAAGAAGUGACAUGAGUUCUUAUGUGUAUAAUGUGGCCAAUGAAAACACAAAGUCACAAACAAGAAGAAAGAGGCCACAAGAUUGUAUAAUUUAUGUGUUUUCGAUUAUUUUGUUUGUCUAAUGUUCUACUUUAACAUUUGCACAAUUUCAAAUCACAUUUCCACAAAUCAAUAAUUAAAUUUUUUAGACCUAUUUUAUAAUCAACCUUUUUGAACACUGUUUAUGUACGAUUACUGCUUGUAAAUAAAUAAAAGAUUGUUGGUUUUAUAAAUAUGUUAAAUAAUAAAUAUAUAAUUUGAUUGUA